AGGCUGUAAAUAGGCCGCGUUCUCUCGUGUCUCUCAUUCUAUUUUUCUUUGAAGAAGUAUAGACAGCUUAUUAGCGAUGGCAAGAACCAAGCAGACCGCGCGUAAAUCCACCGGCGGUAAGGCGCCUAGGAAGCAGCUCGCCACCAAAGCUGCCCGUAAGAGCGCGCCGGCUACCGGCGGUGUGAAGAAGCCUCACCGCUACAGGCCCGGCACUGUGGCUCUGAGGGAGAUUCGCCGUUACCAGAAGUCUACCGAGCUGCUCAUCCGUAAGCUGCCGUUCCAGCGCCUGGUGAGAGAAAUCGCCCAGGACUUCAAAACCGAUUUGCGCUUUCAGAGCUCGGCUGUCAUGGCCCUGCAGGAGGCGAGCGAGGCCUAUCUCGUCGGUCUGUUCGAAGACACCAAUCUGUGCGCUAUUCACGCCAAGAGAGUGACCAUCAUGCCCAAGGACAUUCAGCUGGCCCGCCGUAUUCGUGGAGAGCGCGCUUAA